CCCUGUUGUCUCUUCAGCCCCCCCCCCGCGGUGGCUGGGUGGCGUCAUGGCGUCGCGGCUGCUCGACCGUCUGAAGCGCUCGUUGUUUAAAGAUGGUCAGGGGGCGGGACCCGAGCAGGAAGCGGGAGGCGUGCGGGAAGAGGAGGAGUUCAAAGAGGACAGCUGGGAGGCGGAGCUGGAGGAGGAGGACGAGUGCGUGACCGAGCGACUCGGCGGGACGCUGUGCUUCGACAGCGGAGGAGGAGGCGGAGCAGCGGAGGACGGCGGCGAUGGCGGCGAGGGGUCGGGGCUGGACAGUGACUCCGACUUCCUGGGAGAGUCGAUGGAGGAGGGGCUCAGCAGCACCGACACCAGUCCUGUGGGCGUCUCUCCCGUAGCUCCCUCCCCCUCGUCCCUGCUGACCCGGCAGCUCCAGGAGAGCUGGAGGAGCCUGCGUGGACUCGGCGGAGGAAGCCCCACCCCCGCUGGGCGCCGGCUGACGGACAGCUUGUUGUUCGAGGUGACCGACGCCGGCGUGGUGCAGGAUGGCUCCUCCAAAUACGUGCUCUACACCAUCCACGUGAUCCAGUCCGGUGGCAGCGAUAAGACUCCGGCCAUCAUCACCCGCCGAUACUCCGACUUCCAGCGGCUCCACGCCACGCUGCGACGUAACCACGGAGACCAGAUGGAGCGUGUCUGUUUCCCACGGAAGAAGCUGCGUCGGAACUUCACGGCGGAGACGAUCGCCAAGCGGAGCCGAGCGUUUGAACAGUAUCUGUCUCACUUGUGUUCACUGUCCGCACUGCGGGGGGCGCUGUGCGUCCGACAGUUCUUCUACCUGACGGACCUGCAGGCGGGACAGCUGUUCAUCAGGGUGGGACGUUACCAGGAGGCCUUGGGUCCGCUGCUCAACGCCAAGAGACUGCAACAGAAACUGGGCUGGGCAAGUUACUAUGACAACCAGGCUCAAGCCCCGCCCCCGGCCUCCUCCCAUUGGUUCUUCACCCUGGUGGGGCUGUCGAGCUGUUUCCAGGCAGUGGACCAGCUGGAGGAGGCCCGGGAUCACUGUGACCACGCGCUCCGCGUCCUGACGCCCGCUGAGACUCAAACUGACACGGAGGACGGGCCCCUCCCACCCGAAGAAAAGCCCCUCCCAUCCGAAGACAAGCCCCUCCCACCGUGCGAAAAGACUGACGUGUCGCGGCAGAGCGGCGACAGGCCACACCCCCUCCUGCUGCCGCUGUUACAGGCGGUGGUUCGGCUGUCGUGGCAGACCGGGAGAGACAAGCGUCACUGGGAGGAGCUUCUGAGACACCUGGAGGAGCAGAGGGCGGAGCUAGACAAUCAGCCAACCAUCAAAGAGUUUCUGGUCAAACACAACCUGGAGGAGAGCGAGGGGGAGGGCUAACACACACACACACACACACACACACACACGAUGCAGAGUACAAUCACUACGCUACAACACGAGAUGUUAGAGCCACUGUGUGUGGAAAUAACAUCGCAGAGAAUAUUUUGGAAAAACAAGUCAGAAUUUAACAAGAAAAGUCUGUUUUUAUAUAGUUUAAUAUUUUGUAAAUAAAUUCAUGAUAAAAUAUUUAAAAAAGGACUUUAAAUAAAGUUAGUGAUUAAUUUUAAUGUUAAGAGAAAGAAAGUCAUAAUUUUGAGUUAUAACAUUAUCAGAAAAACUAUUUGGGAAUAAAAAUAUAAUAAAAAUUAGAAAAAUAAACGUGCAAUAUUCAGAUAAACAAGUUAGACUUUGAGUUUGACUCAGAACAUUUCAACUAGUUCUCACAAUCUCUGAUAUUUCUGUGCAAACACUCCAUCGACCUGCGUCGGUCACGUGUUCAGUCGUACUUUUUAAGCCUUAAAGUCGCUCUGAUGCUUCGAUGAUCCUGAAAGAAUAAUCCGUUUCAACCAUCGUCCUUUAAAAACACCACAAUGUGUUCACAGAGUCCAAAUAGACGAGUGUAAGAGUAUCGGAGGAAUGGUUUACAGGUUUACAGCAGCGGUGUGUUCAGGUGUCUCAUCGGGAGACGUGAUUGUAUCUCAUAUCAGCAGAUACCACAGUGUUUAAUAACUUACAUAUUCUUUAAUUUAGUUAUUUGUUUAAUGAAGCAGCUUUCUGAGAACCUUUAUCUCCUGUCAGUCCCUCUGGGAAGUUGUGAUGUGGCAACUUUGACCGAUCAUUGUUUCACAACAUUGAGACAAACUCACUUCCUUGUUUCUGGUGCAAGAUGCAGACGUGUGUCACACUUUUACCCUCCGCACAGUGAGAUUAUAUUCUCACUUUUUAAUGAAUCAGACAAAACAAAAUCACAAUUUUAAUGCAAAUAAAUGGCUUUUUUUUUUUUAGGCUGCGUCAAUCCCCCCCAAAAGACUUUAUAUGGUUCAACUCACAUAUUUAACUACAGAGGUUUCUUAAAGCUGGAAUCCUGAAGCAUUUUCACUCAUAUUCGACUGAAUCAACCAAUGAGAGCGUCUGAAUCGGGAUCUAUAAUCACACUCAGUGCUAACGCUGAUUAUUCCAAGUAUUUUAAAUCCUGCAUUGUUUCCAUCCACAGUGUGACAUUAUGGGAUGUACAGACGAUAACCUCGACUGUUGAUUGCUCAGCAGUAACUCAGCAUUGUCUCCGUUCAGCUCAUCACAACAGAGAUUAAAGAUUAAUGCACAAUUCCACCUUAACUCACUGAAACCGCUCCCUGUGAACACAUCGGAUUAUUCUUAUCAGGAUUAUUUAUGAGACAUUUUACUUUGUGAUUAAGAUUUAGAUUUAGAUUUUAGAAACUAAAUUAUUUUAUUGCACUUUUUGAACCCCCCCAGUGUUUCAGUGUUUGUAUGUGUGACAUUAACAGUUAAAGAGGCAUUAAAUCACAAUCAACCGGCUGCACACGAUCAGUGAGUCCAGAGUUUAAUGGAAACCUCUGCUGCUUUCUCUCUGAUGGAUGUGCAUCCGUAGUGGAUGUGGUUACUAUGGCGACCUGUUUCCACUGGUUACAGGAGUGGAUGACGAGAUAAGGGAUGAAAAUAGAUCGGCAGGAAACAGAUUUAAUCUGAUUGAUUGAGAGUUUGAUGAACCACAAAGGAGUUAAUAACGAGGUUUUUAAAUCUGGUAGCGGUCGGUGUAUGUGUACCGCCACGGGGGUCUCGGUCCGGAGGUCUCGGUCCGGGAGGUCUCGGUCUGUUGUACUCAGUAUGGAGACUGAUGUCCGUCAUACUGUGGUGAGCACGUGUGUGUAUUUUAGGCGGUGUGGAUGGAAAGACAUCGAACACGCCAACGCCGAUUCAACAGCAACACAUCUAUACGACUCUGCCACCGACAGGGAACCGACUUCAGUCCGGUUCCGGCACUGAGUUUUAAAACCGUUUAGUGGCUUUGGACCAAGAAUACAUCAGUUCAGAACCCAAAAAACAGCAGGUUAUCCUUGGCAAUCAAAGUGGGCGUGUCCUAUUGCACCGUUACGCCUCUAAGGACAAGUGAUUAAUAAGGGACGAGAGGUCAUUAAAGAGUUUGAACACACACAUCGUCACGUUGGUGCUGCCGACCGGAGGAACCGUUCGCGUCGGUCGUCUUUAGGGAAGCUCGGAUAUUGCCCCCCCUUUAUAUUCAGCCUUACUGCGAUGCCUUCACAGCUUCUGCAUCCUGAUCACGCAGCUUUCAUUCUGUUUCCUAUAUCAAUAUAUUUAUCAGUAUGUAUGCAGCUCUUCACACCUGACAGUGACAAUGUGACCGACAGGCUACGGAGCCUCUGGAGGGUCACACAGUGGAGGACAGGUUCGCUCUGUGCUGGACUCUGACAGCAGGUCUGGACCGGGUUGGACCAGCUGUGUGUAAUUUGAGCUUCUUGGCCUCAGAUAUUAAAAUAUAUCAAUAAAUUAGAUCCGUUCUGAACAAAAUGGCUGUUUUUUACCAUCAGUGAGUUUAAUUCUGUGAUGUUUUAUGAUUUAUAUCAACCUUUUCUAUCAUUUAAUAAAUAUUAUAUUCAAACUGAACAAUGAACCCAGUGAACUCUAACUGUAAGAAGUUAAUGUAAAAUGAUUAUUUGAGCAGAUUAUUUCCUGUUCAUGGAACUUUUUAUACAAUUCUGUGUCUGUAUUCUGUAUUUUCAUCAUCUUUAACAAUCAAACAGACGUAAUAAUCUUCUGUUUAGUCGUAUUCAGUGUUUUCUUCUCCCUGAUGUUCGGCUGUUGAACCAAACACUGAGAUAUCGGCCUACUGUGUGUAUUUAUUACAUUUUCUUACAGCCUUAAAAUCAAGAAGACCUCGCGACCUCCCGGGUUGGGACCCAGUGAUUAACACCACCUUAGGGGCAACUGAACUAUAUUUGGGAUUUAUCUCCACUUUUAUUUGAUUAAAGCUUGAAGCUCAGUAAUAAUGAACCGUUUGAACUUCCACACAGCCGCUGCAGCAGCAUCUUUUUCUGUUUUUGUUGUGUUUCCACUGGAAUCAGAACUUCAGCUGGUGGAGACGCAGCCUGUCUGUCUGCCUGUCUGUCUGCCUGUCUGUCUGUCUGCCUGUCUGUCUGCCUGUCUGUCUGUCUGUGUGGACCUGCAGCCGCACUGCUUCAUAGAGCUAUAAGCAAGUAUAUUUUCAGAUAUGGAAUAAAUUUGUUACAAAUUCUGGA